AUGAUGGCCGCUGACGGCGGAGAGCUGAACGUGCCGUACGCCGUUCUCGAGGGCCUGGUGGCCGUUGGAGCAACCAUCGGCAACGGGCUGGUGAUUGUGGCCUUUCACAAGGAACGACGUCUCCGCCGGCGCACCAACUACUACAUUGUGUCGCUGGCGGUCGCCGACCUGUUGGUGGGUCUGGUGGGCAUACCUUGCGCCGUGUUGUCCAGCGUCGGGCUGCCCCGUCACUUGCACUUGUGCAUGUUCUCCGUGUCGCUAAUAAUCGUCUUGUGCACAGUGUCCAUACUCAGCCUGGUGGCCGUGUCCGCCGACCGAUAUUGGGCCAUACUCUACCCGAUGGCCUACUCCACGAACUCGAACACCAAAAUCGCAAUCAGCAUAAUAUGUAUUUGCUGGAUAAUGGGUCUGCUGAUAGGUUUCUUGCCACUAAUGGGCUGGAGAGCGGCCAAAGGUCCAACAUUGGAUUCAUGCGAGUUCAGUCGCGUGAUGGAUUAUAACUACUUGGUGUUUUUAUACUUAGCGACUAUUAUUUUACCUGCGCUGUUUAUGGCCACCUCCUAUGCUCAUAUUUAUACAGUCGUAAUAAAACAAAUCAAACAAAUGACGCUGUUGAACGGCGGCCAACGCGGCGGCAACAGUCCGACGAAAUUGCGCGUGCUGGGCGCGGCCCGGAAAAGCGAGGUGAAGGCCACUCAGAACCUUUCCAUAAUCGUCGCGUUCUUCGCCGUCUGCUGGAUGCCGCUGUACACCAUCAACUGCGUGCAGGCGUUCUGCGACGAGUGUUCCGUGCCCGAUUCCUUCAUGCACGGCUGCAUCAUCCUGUCGCACCUCAACUCUGCCGGCAACCCUCUGCUGUAUGCGUACCACCUGAAGGACUUCCGGAACGCGUUCAAAUCGCUGCUGCUGUGCAAGAAGAACCCGCUGCACCGGAACCCCGCACCAUCGCGGUCGGGCUGCUGCACCACCGUGGCGGCCGUCACCGGCGGUGGCAGCGGAACCGCGGUCAACGGUAACGAUUGUUCAGGCAGCUCGUCUCUGACGUGUUCGGGCAGUUCGUCCCUGUCGACCGUCGUCGAUUGUUGGCGCCGGCCUGCCAAGAACGCCGACGCGACAUGUUCAGCUGCAGGGGACCCGCGGUACACCGUCGAACAGCAGGCCCACCAAGAGAUUGUUGGGUGGCCCGCCGACUCUGUCAACCGCAGCUGCAACGCGAUCGCAAUAAUCGACCCGUCCGCGCCCGUGUUGCUGUCGGUCCGUCAGCUCGCCGAGUGA